AUGAUUAAACUCAAUGCCGACAAUGUAAACAUAACCAAGUCAAUAAACGAAACUAAUUCUCGGCUAGCUGAUUUGGAGAAAUCUCUGAGUUACUCACAUGAGCGCCAGGACGUAUUUGACGGCCGACUAAAAUCAGUAGAAGACAAAUUAUUCGUCUAUGAGCACCUGGAGACACAGAUGAACGCACUUGAACAGAAGCUCACAGCCAUGGAACAAAAUGCCAGGCAGUGCAAUCUUGAAAUCUGCUACAUACCCGAGCGACGAGGUGAAAACCUCAUUAGCAUCGCAGAAAGUCUAGGCGGUAUCAUUGCGUGCCCUAUAAGGGCCUCGGACAUUGUUUCUAUUCAUCGUGUACCGCACGCCGACUCAAAAAUCAAACGACCGAAGAAUGUGAUUGUCAAACUGACUAACAGAAUGCUACGCGAUAAUGUCAUCUCAGCGUGCCGGUCAACCAAGGGUUUGGACUCAUCGAAACUGUCUAUAAGCGGGCCUCCGGCUACAAUCUAUGUGAACGAGCAUUUGACAAUCAACAACAAGCUGCUAUUUCGCCAGUGCAGGGAAAAUGCUAGAAAACAAGCAUACAAAUACGUGUGGGUCAAGCACGGUACUAUCCUGAGACCUGGUUGCAUGAGGAUAUUUCCGAUGAGGAAUUUAUGGACAAACGUUAUAGAGUAUUUCGACAUGACAGAGACCGAGCUGGUAGUGGUAGGCGCGACGGCGGCGGUGUGCUGGUGGCGGUGCGCCGCGAGCUCGCCGCGACGCCCUGCGCCCGCGCCGCCGCCGCCGCGUCCGGGGCGCGCUCGCCUCUAG